AUGGGAAAUUUUGAAGAUGGCAUACAAAGGAGAUACCCGCGUGAAGCAGGUUCGAGUACAAGCUCUCAGAAGAGAGUUGCCGAGUUUAUAACUCGAGUGCAAAAGAUGGCUAACCAACUCGGAAUGAACGGAGAAGAGGUUCCUCCUAACCCAGUUGCAGAAAAGAUCUUGAGAAAUUUGACGGAUGAUUUUGAGAGUAUCGUGGUCACUAUUAAAGAGACAAAGGAUUUAUCAAUUCUCAAUGUGGAGCAGUUAGCUGGGUCAUUAAAAGCCCACGAAUUGAGGAAGAAAAAGAAAAAGAGGGAACCCGACAAUCAAUUACUACAGGUACAGUUUAACUCGAAUAAAUCUCGAAUUACUCAGAGCCGAGGUCUUUGUGGCAGAGGACGAGGUGGACGUGGCCGAGGUAAUGAUAAUGAAGAUCAAACCGGUCAACAGAAUUGGUCAACAAAGUGCUACAAUUGUGGCAAGUUUGGUCAUAUUGCAAAGUAUUGCAAGACCGAGACAAAGGGGGAGACGAAUCUCGUUACUGAAGAUGCAGAAGAAGAUGUUGAAGAACUAUUGCUGGCAAAGAGUUCAGAUACAGUGGACAUGGAAAAUUCGAUCUCAAUAGUGGAUGAAGUGAUCUCGGUAAAAGGUGCGACAAAUGUGGAAAAGGAACUCAAACAAAAAGAUGAAGAGAUUCAGCGGAUAGGGAGGCUUCUGGAUGAAGCUAAUGAAAUUAUGAAUAAACAGAGGGUUGUGCUUAAGGAGUUGAAGAAGACGACUCCUGAAAAGGAAGAGAAAGCAUCUAGCGUUAUUGAACUAGAUAAAAAUAGGGAAGAAGAUGAAGAAGAGAUGAAGGAUGAUGAGAUUUCUACCAACUCGGUAUGGUAUCUAGAUACUGGAGCAAGCAAUCAUAUGUGUGGGAACGAGAACUUUUUUUAUGAACUCACCAAGGUGGAGGCCAAAUUUGUGUCUUUUGGAGAUGACUCCAAGGUGGCCGUGAAAGGGCGCGGAACAAUUCGACAUAUUCAGAUUAAUGGACGAGUUGGAGAGAUUAGGGAUGUUUAUUAUGUUCCGGAGUUGAAGAGCAAUAUUUUAAGCAUGGGUCAAAUAAUUGAAAAAGGUAAUUCAAUUUUUAUGAAAAAUCAGGUAUUUAAAGGAUAA